GCGGGGAGAAGUCCCGGAGCGCACGAGCGCCCGGCUCCGAGGAGGUCGAGGAGGAGAAGGACCGGGAGCAGGGAGUCCCUCUUCGCCGGUGGAGGGUCGCGGAGGAGGAGAAGAUGCCCGCCCCGCGCGGCGCCGGGCCGUGGGCGCUGCUGGCGCUGUGGUUGUGCGGAGCGGCCCCCGUGCGCGCAUUGCAAUGUCGGGAUCAUCAAGAGCCUUGUUUAAAUAGAGGAACCUGUGUUACCUACCACAAUGGCACAGACUAUUGCAAAUGCCCAGAGGGUUUUUGGGGAGAGUAUUGUCAACAUCGAGACCCCUGUGAGAAAAACCGCUGCCAGAAUGGAGGGACCUGUGUGGCCUCAGCCAUGUUGGAGAGAGCCAUGUGCCGGUGCCCCCCGGGGUUCACGGGGCUGGCGUGCCAGUAUCCGACCUCCCACCCCUGCGUGGUGGCCCGCCCCUGCCUGAAUGGAGGCACGUGCCUCGCGCUCAGCCGGGACGCCUAUGAGUGCACCUGCAAGGCUGGCUUUACAGGGAAGCUCUGCCAGUGGACGGACGCCUGCCUGUCUCAGCCUUGUGCCAAUGGAAGCACCUGCGUCACUGUGGCCGGCCAGUUCUCCUGCAGAUGCCUUGCGGGCUUCACAGGGCAGAAGUGUGAGACCGAUGUCAAUGAGUGUGACGUUCCAGGACGAUGCCAGCAUGGUGGCACCUGCCUCAACCUCCCGGGUUCCUACCAGUGCCAGUGCCCCCAGGGCUUCACGGGCCAGCAUUGUGAUAGUCCCUACAUGCCCUGUGCCCCCUCGCCCUGUGUCAACGGAGGCACCUGCCGGCAGACUAGUGACUUCACUUUUGAGUGCAACUGCCUUCCAGGUUUUGAAGGGAGCACCUGUGAACGGAAUAUUGAUGACUGCCCUAACCACAGGUGUCAAAAUGGAGGGGUAUGCGUGGAUGGGGUCAACACGUACAACUGCCGCUGCCCCCCUCAGUGGACAGGGCAAUUCUGCACCGAAGAUGUGGACGAGUGCCUACUGCAACCUAAUGCCUGCCAGAACGGAGGCACCUGCACCAACCGCAACGGCGGCUAUGGCUGCGUGUGCGUCAACGGCUGGAGCGGAGAUGACUGCAGCGAGAACAUUGAUGACUGCGCCUUCGCCUCCUGCACGCCCGGCUCCACCUGCAUUGACCGCGUGGCCUCCUUCUCCUGCAUGUGUCCAGAGGGAAAGGCAGGUCUCCUGUGUCACCUGGAUGACGCCUGCAUCAGCAAUCCUUGCCACAAGGGGGCGCUCUGUGACACCAACCCCCUGAACGGACAGUACAUCUGCACCUGCCCUCAGGGAUAUAAGGGGGCGGACUGCACAGAAGAUGUAGAUGAGUGUGCCAUGGCCAACAGCAAUCCUUGUGAGCAUGCAGGGAAGUGUGUGAACACAGAUGGAGCCUUCCACUGUGAGUGUCUGAAGGGCUACGCGGGGCCUCGCUGCGAGAUGGACAUCAAUGAGUGUCACUCAGACCCGUGCCAGAAUGAUGCCACCUGCCUGGAUAAGAUUGGAGGCUUCACGUGUCUGUGUAUGCCAGGUUUCAAAGGUGUGCAUUGUGAACUGGAGGUGAAUGAAUGCCAGAGCAACCCCUGUGUGAACAACGGGCAGUGUGUGGAUAAGGUCAACCGCUUCCAGUGCCUGUGUCCUCCUGGUUUCACUGGGCCCGUGUGCCAGAUCGACAUUGACGACUGUUCCAGUACUCCGUGUCUGAAUGGGGCCAAGUGCAUCGACCACCCGAACGGCUAUGAGUGCCAGUGUGCCACGGGUUUCACUGGUGUGUUGUGUGAAGAGAACAUUGACAACUGUGACCCGGACCCUUGCCACCAUGGCCAGUGCCAGGAUGGGAUUGACUCGUACACCUGCAUCUGCAACCCCGGGUACAUGGGAGCCAUCUGCAGCGACCAGAUCGAUGAGUGUCACAGUAGCCCCUGCGUGAAUGACGGGCGCUGCAUCGACCUGGUCAACGGCUUCCAGUGCAAUUGCCAGCCGGGCACGUCAGGGCUCUACUGCGAGAUUAAUUUUGAUGACUGUGCUAGCAACCCUUGCGUGCACGGAGCCUGUGUGGACGGCAUCAAUCGCUACAGCUGUGUGUGCGCCCCGGGAUACACAGGACAAAGAUGUAACAUCGACAUCGACGAGUGUGCCUCCAGUCCCUGCCGAAAGGGUGCGACGUGCGUCAACGACGUGAACGGCUUCCGUUGCCUGUGCCCCGAGGGGCCCCAGCACCCCAGCUGCUACUCCCAGGCGGACGAGUGCCUGAGCGGCCCGUGCGUCCACGGGAACUGCACCGGAGGCCUCAGUGGCUAUAAGUGCCUCUGUGAUGCAGGCUGGGUUGGCAUCAACUGUGAAGUGGACAAAAACGAGUGUCUUUCUAGCCCAUGCCAGAACGGAGGGACUUGUGACGACCUGCUGAACGGGUACAGGUGUACGUGCAAGAAGGGCUUCAAAGGCCACAACUGCCAGGUGAAUACUGAUGAGUGCGCUUCAAAUCCGUGUCUCAACCAGGGAACCUGCUUUGAUGGCAUUAACGGCUACACUUGCCACUGUGUGCCGCCCUACACAGGCAAGAAUUGUCAAACAGUGUUGGCUCCCUGCUCCCCGAACCCCUGUGAGAAUGCUGCUGUUUGUAAAGAGUCGCCAAAUUUUGAGAGUUACACCUGCUUGUGUGCGCCUGGCUGGCAAGGUCAGCGGUGUACAGUUGACAUUGACGAGUGUGUCUCCAAGCCCUGCAUGAACCACGGCCUGUGCCACAACACCCAGGGCAGCUACGUGUGCGAGUGUCUCCCCGGCUUCAGUGGCGUGGACUGUGAGGAGGACGUCGAUGACUGCCUUGCCAACCCUUGCCAGAAUGGAGGUUCAUGUGUAGAUGGAGUGAACACCUUUUCCUGCCUGUGCCUUCCUGGCUUCAUUGGGAAUAAAUGCCAGACAGACAUGAAUGAGUGUCUGAGUGAGCCCUGCAAGAACGGAGGGACCUGCUCCGACUACGUGAACAGUUACACCUGCACGUGCCAGGUGGGGUUUGACGGCGUCCACUGUGAGAAAAACAUUGAUGAGUGCACCGAGAGCUCCUGUUUCAAUGGUGGCACAUGUGUUGAUGGCAUUAACUCCUUCUCCUGCUUGUGCCCUGUGGGUUUCACUGGUCCCUUCUGCCUUCAUGAAAUCAAUGAGUGCAACUCUCAUCCCUGCCUGAAUGAAGGAACAUGUGUUGAUGGACUGGGCACCUACCGCUGCAAUUGCCCCUUGGGCUACACUGGGAAAAACUGCCAGUGUGUUCCGGGCUAUCAGGGCGCCAACUGCGAGUAUGAAGUGGAUGAGUGCAAGAACCAGCCAUGCCAGAACGGAGGCACCUGCAUCGCCCUUGUGAACCAUUUCAAGUGCUCAUGUCCACCAGGCACUCGGGGCCUGCUUUGUGAAGAGAACAUUGACGACUGUGCUGGGGGCCCCCACUGCCUCAAUGGUGGUCAGUGUGUGGACCGGAUAGGGGGCUACAGUUGUCGCUGCUUGCCUGGCUUUGCCGGGGAGCGGUGUGAGGGGGACAUCAACGAGUGCCUGUCCAACCCCUGCAGCCCAGAGGGCAGCUUAGACUGCGUACAGCUCACCAAUGACUACCUGUGUGUCUGCCGCAGCGCCUUCACUGGCCGUCACUGUGAAACCUUCAUGGAUGUAUGUCCCCAGAUGCCUUGCCUGAAUGGAGGGACUUGUGCUGUGGCCAGCAACAUGCCUGAUGGCUUCAUUUGCCGCUGUCCCCCAGGCUUCUCCGGGGCAAGAUGCCAGAGUAGCUGUGGGCAGAUGAGGUGCCGGCGAGGGGAGAAGUGUGUGCACACUGCCUCUGGGCCCCGCUGCUUCUGCCCCAACCCCCAGGACUGCGAGCCAGGCUGUGCCAGUAGCCCGUGCCAGCACGGGGGCAGCUGCUACCCCCAGCGCCAGCCUCCGUACUACUCGUGCCGCUGCCCCCCGCCCUUCUGGGGCCGCCACUGCGAGCUGCACGCCGCCGCCAGCAGCGCCCCGCCGGCCGCCUGCCUGAGCCAGUACUGCGCCGACAAGGCUCGGGACGGCGUCUGUGACGAGGCCUGCAACAGCCACGCGUGCCGCUGGGACGGAGGGGACUGCUCCCUCACCGUGGAGAACCCCUGGGCCAACUGCAGCUCCCCACUGCCCUGCUGGGACCACAUCAACCACCGGUGCGACGAGCUGUGCAACACCGCCGAGUGCCUGUUCGACAACUUCGAGUGCCAGGGCGGCGGCAAGACGUGCCAAUACGACAAAUACUGCGCAGAUCACUUCAAGGACAACCACUGUGACCAGGGUUGCAAUAGUGAGGAGUGUGGCUGGGACGGGCUGGACUGUGCUGCAGACCGGCCCGAGAACCUGGCAGAGGGCACCCUGGUCAUCGUGGUGCUCCUGCCUCCAGAACAGCUGCUGCAGGAUUCUCGCAGCUUCCUGCGGGCCCUGGGCACCUUGCUCCAUACCAACCUGCGCAUCAAACGGGACUCGCAGGGAGCGCUCAUGGUGUACCCGUACUAUGGGGAGAAGCCAGCUGCCCCAAAGAAGCAGAGGAUGGCACGCAGGUCUCUUCCUGAGGAGCAGGAGGUGGCCGGCUCGAAGGUGUUUCUGGAGAUCGACAACCGCCAGUGCGCCCAGGAUUCAGACCAGUGCUUCAAGAACACGGACGCCGCCGCGGCCCUGCUGGCCUCGCAUGCCAUCCAGGGCACUCUGUCGUACCCUCUUGUGUCCGUCGUCAGUGAGUCCCUGCCUCCGAAAGGCGCUCAGCUCCUCUACCUCCUGGCGGUCGCUGUGGUCAUCAUCCUGUUCGUUAUCCUGCUGGGAGUGAUCAUGGCGAAACGGAAACGCAAGCACGGCUUCCUGUGGCUGCCGGAAGGUUUCACCCUCCGCAGAGACUCCAGCAAUCACAAGCGGCGAGAGCCAGUGGGGCAGGACGCCGUCGGGCUGAAAAACCUCUCAGUGCAAGCCUCAGAAGCCAACCUGAUUGGUUCUGGAACAAGUGAACAUUGGGUUGAUGAUGAAGGACCCCAGCCAAAGAAAGCCAGGGCUGAAGACGAGGUUCUGCUGUCCGAAGAUGACCCCAUUGAUCGGCGCCCAUGGACACAGCAGCACCUGGAAGCCGCAGACAUCCGUCGGACACCGUCGCUGGCUCUCACUCCUCCCCAGGCCGAGCAGGAGGUAGAUGUGCUGGACGUGAACGUCCGGGGCCCAGAUGGCUGCACCCCACUGAUGUUGGCCUCUCUCCGAGGCGGCAGCUCAGAUCUGAGUGAUGAAGACGAAGAUGCAGAGGACUCUUCUGCAAACAUCAUCACGGACUUGGUCUACCAGGGUGCCAGCCUUCAGGCCCAGACAGACCGGACUGGUGAAAUGGCUCUGCACCUUGCUGCCCGCUACUCAAGGGCUGAUGCUGCCAAGCGCCUCCUGGAUGCGGGCGCAGAUGCCAAUGCUCAGGACAACAUGGGCCGUUGCCCGCUGCAUGCUGCAGUGGCAGCAGAUGCUCAAGGUGUCUUCCAAAUUCUGAUUCGCAACCGCGUAACGGAUCUGGAUGCGAGAAUGAACGACGGGACCACACCCCUCAUCCUGGCUGCUCGCUUGGCUGUGGAAGGAAUGGUGGCCGAGCUGAUCAACUGCCAAGCAGACGUGAACGCAGUGGAUGACCAUGGGAAAUCUGCUCUUCACUGGGCGGCUGCCGUCAAUAACGUGGAGGCCACGCUCGUGCUGUUGAAGAACGGGGCCAACAGAGACAUGCAGGACAACAAGGAAGAGACACCUUUGUUUCUUGCUGCACGGGAGGGAAGUUACGAAGCUGCCAAGAUCCUCUUAGACCACUUUGCCAACCGGGACAUCACAGACCACAUGGAUCGCCUUCCCCGGGACGUGGCCCGGGACCGCAUGCACCAUGAUAUCGUGCGCCUCCUGGAUGAGUACAAUGUGACACCAAGUCCUCCAGGCACCGUGCUGACGUCUGCUCUCUCACCUGUCCUCUGUGGGCCCAACAGGUCUUUCCUCAGUCUGAAACAUGCCCCUAUGGGCAAGAAGCCCAGGCGGCCCAACACCAAGAGCGCCAUGCCCACUAGCCUCCCUAACCUCGCCAAGGAGCCCAAGGAUGCCAAGGGUGGCAGGAGGAAAAAGCCUCUGAACGACAAGGUCCAGCUGUCGGAGAGCUCGGUGACCUUGUCCCCCGUUGACUCCCUGGAGUCCCCUCACACAUACGUUUCUGACACCACGUCCUCUCCAGUGAUCACAUCCCCUGGAGUCCUACAGGCCUCCCCAAAUCCGCUGUUGGCCACGGUGGCUCCCCCCGCCCCGGUGCAUGCGCAGCAUGCGCUGUCUUUCUCCAGCCUUCACGAAAUGCAGCCUUUGGCCCCCGGGGCCAACACUGUGCUUCCCUCCGUUAGCCAGCUGUUGUCUCACCACCACGUUGUGCCCCCCGGCGGUGGCAGCGCAGGAGGCUUGGGCAGGCUGCAACCAGUCUCUGUCCCAGCAGAGUGGAUGAACCGUAUGGAGAUGAAUGAGACCCAUUACAAUGAGAUGUUUGGUAUGGUCUUGGCUCCCACUGAGGGCGCCAACCCUGGCAUAGCUCCCCAGAGCAGACCAUCUGAGGGGAAGCACAUCACCACCCCACGAGAGCACUUGCCCCCCAUUGUGACUUUCCAGCUCAUCCCAAAAGGCAGCAUUGCGCAGUCAACCGGUACUCCCCAGUCUCAGUCCAGCUGCCCUCCAGGCCCCUUGCCCCCCAUGUACCAGAUUCCAGAGAUGGCCCGGUUGUCCAGUGUAGCUUUCCCUCCUGCUGUGAUCCCCCAGCAGGAUGGGCAGGUGGCUCAGACCAUUCUCCCUCCCUACCACCCUUUCCCAGCCUCUGUGGGCAAGUACCCCACACCCCCUUCCCAGCACAGUUACGCUUCUUCAAAUGCUGCCGAGCGAACACCCAGUCACAGUGGCCACCUCCAGGGUGAGCAUCCCUACCUGACGCCAUCCCCAGAGUCUCCUGACCAGUGGUCAAGCUCAUCGCCGCAUUCUGCUUCUGACUGGUCCGACGUGACCACCAGCCCUACCCCUGGGGGUGCUGGAGGAGGCCAGCGGGGAGCUGGAGCCCGCAUGUCGGAGGCCCCGCACAGCAGCAUGCAGGUCUACGCGUGAAGAGACUGCCCCGGUGGGGAGAUGGAGCUGCCUAUCAUGAAUGCUGCUGAGGAACAAAUGAAGGUCACCGGCCGAGAAAUGAAGAAACCUCUGCGCCCAGCUCUGGGGGGCGGGAGAGCGAGCUCCUCCUUCCUCUCCGGUAGCCAGCGCGCAGGUCGCCAGCCUCACCGGGCUCUGCCAGCGCGUAGGGGACUGUUCAUCUCCUCAUCUCCUGCCCACCGGCCAAGCCCAUAGAAAUAGGAGAUGAACGCAAGCCCUGGGGCUCGCUGUCGUCAGCGUAGACAAUAAAGAUGGAUGCUCCUUGUAGCCCAGACGUCUGUUCUUGCAGCUUGGACUGCAUUUUAAGCCCGGGGCUUCUGCUGUCCCCGAGAGAAGUUUCUGCACUAUUGGGAAUUGUGCUCUGGAACUCCGCCUGAGGUGGCCUGUCUCCUCCCCUCCUCAGCGUGGAGAGUCUCGAUUCACGGGGUGCUUUCCUGUCUGCACCUCGCCCUGGUUGUGGUCCCCAGUCUAUCCCUAUGCUUGUGAUCAUUCCUGCCCAGGGACAGCGCAGGCCUCCUGCCCCCGUUUUGCCCAACUUCCCGCGGAGUCUCACAGGGCUUGCUUUGGUCAUGGUUCUCAGCACAAACCCCUCCAGUAUGUUUUACAGAAAAUAUCCAUGUUGCAGUCCCCAUGGGUCACUCCUAGGAAGAAAUGGGGAGCAAAACACCUGGGGGGUAGGAGGUCCCCCCAGACCUGCACCUUACCUAUCUCCUGCAUGUGGAACAUCAUACGAGCCUCCCCAGGAGGAAGGACACGAGCUCCUCUGCUCACGGGCCUCGUCAGUACAGUUCUACCUUCAGCGGUCCAGGCCCUGGAACCGCAAACCAUAAAAACGUGGGCGAAGAGUUGGAAAGACCCCCCAAGUGGCCCAGCCCGCUCCGCAAGCAGCUGCGCAUGCGCACGUCCUGGGGCGUCGGACUCUGCCGGGGACCUCUCCCUUUCCCGGGGCCACCGUCGGGGACGGCGGGUCACGCAGGCCUGCCCCUCUCCGGUCUCCGGCUUUCCCGAUCUCCUGAUUCUCCUCGGCCCCCGCGCUCGGUCCUGCGGCCACGCAGUCACGUCGGCCUGGCAUCACGAUGCCCGCGACGCCAGGAACGGGAGCGCUGCCCUGUGGGGUUCUGGUGGCAUUCCUCAUCCCUUGAUAGUUAAGUGCCCUGGAGAAGCUCUGUGCAUCUUUCGGCAUGAAAGCCUACAAACAGGACAGAGAGAGAGAGUGAGUGAGUUGUGUGUGAGAGAGAGAGAGAGAGAGAGAGAUUACUAUGCAGAUGCACUGAGUUAACAGAAACAAGUUCGCGCUGCCCUGGUACUAUAGCAGAUCAAGUUUGCUCGUUCUCUCUCGUUUUCUCACGCGGCAAAAUUCUCCCGGGUAACUCUCCACCCGUCGGUCAGUCCCAGACCAGGGCACCUGUCUGCGGACCACACCCCAGCUGCCCCGGCCGCUCCUAAGCACUGCCCAAGCGCGUCCACUCUGGUCCAGCCGCGGAGUCGAGGAUGCUGCGCCUCACUUCCUGCUCCUCCUCCUCUGAGUGAGGGGAGGGAAUAUGAAGGCUGCCGGGAGGACACUGCCAGUCAGACAUUAGACUUUAGAACUGUUAGGUUGUUCGGUGUCCGGGAGAGGCGAGAGGAGCCACAUCAUCACGUUUUCCUUUGGAUCCCGUGAGGCUAUGUUUUUAUGGAAUACAUCUUUUAUGUCAUGCAUAGAUCCUUUCUUUUUUUUUUUUUUUUUGGUUUAUUUUUAUAAAUUCUCUGACCCCUGCCUACUUCUGAGGAUAGUCUUUUGUAGCUAUUUUUUCUUCUAAGUAUCGUUCUCUGAUUUAUGUGAUGGUGGGGGGAGGAAGAAGUUUGAAGGAAAGAGAAGCUUGAGUUAAAAUUUUAGUAAAAGCAAACAGCUCAAGUCCAUUGUAACAUCUUGUUAAACUUGCUAGUUUGUGGCUUUUGUGUAGUGAAGAGUCAAAGGCACGGUGUUUUGUCAGCAAGUGGUGUGGGGACCUCCCUAAUCAGUGUGUCGAGUGAAUGGGACUGUUAGGAAGGGCACAUGUGUAUGUACUGAGGCCCCCACCGUGACCGCUUGGUACUAUGGCAACCUCCUCGUGUACAGUUUUCUUAAAAGCGAUAUUAUAUCUGUAUGAGAAACUCAGUAACCAGUAAAAUGACUGCAUAUUCCUGACUAAACACAGUAAGGAAAGUGCACACUGUUUUUACUUUUAAAAGCUCCAUUCUAAAAGUAGUUUAAGAUGAAAUUUAUAUAAAAGCAUUUUUAUCACAAAAUAAAGAUUACAUGUCAAGCUGA